CCGACCGCCGGAGACCGGCAGUGCUAUCAGUGCACCGCGGGGCCGCGACGGAGGGCAGCACGGCGCCUGGUUAGCCGGAGCUCGCCUGCAGGUCGGCGCGCUCGCUCACCUGAGCCGGGUCCCGGGGCCGCAGAGCCGCCGGGCUGCGCGCGCGCCGCCGCCCUCCCGGACGCGCUCGGAGAUGGGCGGCGGGAGAAGUUGACGAGCCCCCGACUAACGCGGCGCCCUUGCUGCUGCCCAGAGGGGCUGCCGCCAGCGGUGUGUCGCGCGUGCCUCUUUGCCAAAGGAGCCGCCCCGGCGAGGAGAGCCGGAGGGGAGCCGCUUGCGGCUGGGAGACCCGCCACCCAGACACGCGCUCUGGGCGGCCUGGAUGCGCAAGAGCCGGCCCCGCAGCCGCUGACGACCGGAGGCGGCGAAGUUUGGCUGCUGAGCGGCUCGGCUCCCGGCCCCUGGACAGACAGCCGACCGGCGGCCGCAACGACCGGAGCGAUGCCUGUGGGGGCCCUGUUGCCGCUCUUCAGUAGCCCUGGGGGCGGCGGCCUGGGCGGUGGCCUGGGCGGGGGGCUUGGCGGCGGUAGGAAAGGGUCUGGUCCCGCCGCCUUUCGCCUCACCGAGAAGUUCGUGCUGCUGCUGGUGUUCAGCGCCUUCAUCACGCUCUGCUUCGGGGCAAUCUUCUUCCUGCCUGACUCCUCCAAGCUGCUCAGCGGGGUCCUGUUCCAUUCCAAUCCUGCCUUGCAGCCUCCGGCAGAGCACAAGCCCGGGCUCGGGGCGCGCGCCGAGGAUGCCGCCGAGGGGAGAGUCAGACACCGCGAGGAAGGCGUGCCCGGGGACCCUGGGGCUGUACUGCAGGACAACUUAGCCAGGAUCCGCGAAAACCACGAGCGGGCUCUCAGGGAAGCCAAGGAGACCCUGCAGAAGCUGCCGGAGGAGAUCCAAAGAGACAUUCUGUUGGAGAAGGAGAAGGUGGCUCAGGACCAGCUGCGUGACAAGGAUCUGUUUGGGGGCCUGCCCAAGGUGGACUUCCUACCCCCUAUCGGGGUAGAGAACCGGGAGCCCGCCGACGCCAGCAUCCGUGAGAAGAGGGCAAAGAUCAAAGAGAUGAUGAGCCAUGCUUGGAAUAAUUAUAAACGCUAUGCCUGGGGCUUAAAUGAACUAAAACCUAUAUCAAAAGAAGGCCAUUCAAGCAGUUUGUUUGGAAACAUCAAAGGAGCAACAAUAGUAGAUGCCCUGGAUACCCUUUUUAUUAUGGGAAUGAAGACUGAAUUUCAAGAGGCUAAAUCAUGGAUUAAAAAAUAUUUAGAUUUUAAUGUGAAUGCCGAAGUUUCUGUUUUUGAAGUAAAUAUACGCUUCGUUGGUGGACUGCUGUCAGCCUACUACUUGUCUGGAGAGGAGAUAUUUCGAAAGAAAGCAGUGGAACUUGGGGUAAAAUUGCUACCCGCAUUCCAUACUCCCUCUGGAAUACCUUGGGCAUUGCUGAAUAUGAAAAGUGGGAUCGGGCGGAAUUGGCCCUGGGCCUCCGGAGGCAGCAGUAUUCUGGCAGAAUUUGGAACUCUGCAUUUGGAGUUCAUGCACUUGAGCCACUUGUCAGGAAACCCCAUCUUUGCUGAAAAGGUAAUGAAUAUUCGAACAGUGCUGAACAAACUGGAAAAGCCAGAAGGCCUCUAUCCUAACUAUCUGAACCCCAGUAGCGGACAGUGGGGCCAACAUCAUGUGUCAGUUGGAGGACUUGGAGACAGCUUUUAUGAAUAUUUGCUCAAGGCAUGGUUAAUGUCUGAUAAGACAGAUCUGGAAGCCAAGAAGAUGUAUUUUGAUGCUGUUCAGGCCAUUGAGACUCACUUGAUCCGCAAGUCUAGCGGGGGACUAACAUACAUCGCAGAGUGGAAAGGGGGCCUCCUGGAACACAAGAUGGGCCACCUCACAUGCUUUGCAGGGGGCAUGUUUGCACUUGGGGCAGAUGGAGCGCCAGAAACCCUGGCCCAACACUACCUUGAACUCGGAGCUGAAAUUGCCCGCACCUGUCAUGAAUCUUACAACCGCACCUUCAUGAAGCUGGGACCAGAAGCUUUCCGAUUUGACGGCGGCGUGGAAGCCAUCGCCACGAGGCAAAACGAAAAGUACUACAUCUUACGGCCAGAGGUUGUCGAGACGUACAUGUACAUGUGGCGACUGACUCAUGAUCCCAAGUACAGGAGCUGGGCCUGGGAGGCCGUAGAGGCCCUAGAAAAGCACUGCAGAGUGGGUGGAGGCUACUCAGGCCUGCGGGAUGUCUACAUUGCUAAUGAGAGUUAUGACAAUGUCCAGCAAAGUUUCUUCCUGGCAGAGACACUAAAGUAUUUGUACUUGAUAUUUUCCGACGACGACCUUCUUCCACUAGAGCAUUGGAUCUUCAAUACUGAGGCCCACCCUUUCCCUGUGCUCCGUGAAGUGAAAGAGGAAGUUGAUGUCAAAGAGAAAUGAAAGACAGUUUCUAUUUUACUCUGCUUCAUUCUUCACUGCAUACCUUAAUAAUUCCUUUUUUGGUAAUCAGGCAUAUGAUGAACUUUUAUUGACUGAUAAAAGUCUGUGAUUAUCCUAAGUUCUAAAAUUGUUUUGCAGUCUUUUAGGUUUAUUAUCAUAAGCCUAAGUGGACCUCUGGUCCUUAUUUCUUUAUUUUUCAGCUAAUGAAUCCACAGAUUUUGUCUGGCUUUUUUUUUUUUUUUUUAAGGAAUCUAUUGUUUCUGAAGUUCAUGAAGUCGUGACAGCAUUUCAUGAAAUGGAAUAGAACAGUCUACCAGUGACCUCUUAAUUAUGAUUUGAUUUGACUGCAAAACUUUUUCCUCCUCUGUGAGGAGAUGCUGUCUGCUUUGAGCUGUAAUGUUUUGCCAUGUUGCAAAAAGCCAUAAUAAUAAAUUAAGUAUUAAAAUAAAAAGCUUUUUUUUUUCCUUUUCAAGUUCAUGUUAAUCCAGUUUGUCUGUCCACCAGAGACAGAUCUUAUAACUGUGACACCCUCUUAGCAGGUCUAUCAUUAUUUGAUAGAAUGUCUUCUAAAGUACUCCACUCACAUUGCAAUUCAAAUGAGAAAGUCAUCCCAGGAGAGUAAGCCACGCUGCCCUCAUUUCAUCACAAGUGCAGUAUGUUUUUGUUGGGAGAUUAUGUUAGCGUUCCCUCACUUUCAAAUUUGUUCUCUACUUUUACUUGAAAUGCCCUGUGUCAUCUCUAUAUCAUGUACUGCCUAAUUUCCUCCAUUCCCCAUGUCACAGCAGGGUGAGCUCUUGAGUUCUGCAGGGCGCCCUGUUACUGAAUUACAUUUUUGAAAGGGAAACAAUGUAACUUUUAAUGAGCAAGGUUUUCCUUUUAGCUGAACCCAUUCCGAAACAAAAAGAGAGUGAGAAUUUCAUAUGACUAGCUCAUGUAUUUGCAUUAAAUCUCUGAUGUUCUUUAAGCAAAGAACACACUUGGUUCAGAUUUGAAAGGGGCUCUUCCCAGAUGUAGCUAAUCAUUUCCCUUCAGUUUGUGGAAGUGAGCUUUGAACGUUGCCAAUUUAUCUAUCCGUGUUCAACUUUAAAAAAAAAAAUCUAAUUAGCUCUUAAGCACACCGUGUGUUAAGUGUGGUUACAUUCAGCAUAAAAAUCUUAACUUAGAAAUAAUUUAUAGGAAUGGGCACACUCCCUUAAUAAUUUGAUCUGUAGCAGAUCAAAAUGUUUAUGAUUCUUCUAAACCUCAUUUUGAAAUACGAAUAUUUUUUCCAAGAACAGAUUUUGUGAUAGCUGUGUUACCACACCUGUUCUUUACAUGAAAGAUCGAAUGUGAUUACGUAUGUACCAAGGGACAAAGAUGCUAACCAUCUGAAUUUCAACCUACUAUGGUCAAUAACAGCAACAAAACAAAUAAUACAACCCCAUUUAACCUAAUUAAAUAUACACUUUAAUUAGGCUAAACCGUAUAUUUAUAUUCUUCAAACUUUCUGAUUUUAUCAGUUUCAUGGUAUUCAAUAUAUUUUUUUGAGACAUUUACUUUUUUAAAUCUCAGUAGACAAUAUUUUUUACCCAUUUCAGCUUUGGGGGAGGGGUUCAAAAGAUGUCAUUUAGGAUCACCACCUUGUGUGUCCUGGUAGUUUCCAGUAUUGUACAUUAGAACACGUCAAAAAUAAAACUGCAAAAUUAGUAAAUGAAAAAGGUCCCUCCGUAUAUUCUUAUGGCUGUGUCAGUGUAUCUCCGUGCCCCAGAGUAACUUCUGCCUGUAAUCUCUUUAAUCUCUGGAGUUCAUGAACCCGUGACCUCAUUUUCAUGAAACUGAAUCAAACAGUUUUGACCUCUUAAUAACAGCAUGAUUUGACUGCAAAACUUUUCCCUCCCCUGGGAAGAAUGAGCAAAUGACAAAUCUCUCUUCCCCAGAGCUCAGAGGUAAAAACAUUAAAAUUUGCUGCCAAAAUCUGGCCAUAUGUAUUUUGAUUAUGACUUUUCCACUGUCCGUAGAUUAACUGUUUAAUUCGUUUCCUUUGCAUUUUAAUUUGAAGGAGCACACAAAGCUGAUGACCGUUUCUGCAGCAGGCGGGGUCUGAAGGUCAGGUCCUGUGUAGCUGCCACACCAUAGUGUAGCUUGUGUAUUCCAGCAUAAGCAGGCAAGAAGCUGAAGCAUGUGUUGCCCUGACAAUGGCAAGAAUAGUUUUUCACUUUUAAAACUUGGAUUUCUUUUUUUAAGGCUAGAUCCCAGAAUACCAAAAAUGUAAACAAGAGAUUAAUAUUAUAGUAAUGUAAUUGAAUUAAGCUUAUAUUUUUUGUUAAUUUUAAACAACUGAAGUUUCCAAAUAGACAUCAAUUCAUUAAUUUUCAACAAAACUGUGCAGUUUAAUUUACAUGGGUAAUCAACAUCCAUGAAGGUGAACAGCUAAAAUAGCACCCAAUUUGUGUCUCUGGAAUAUAUUUUGAUAUACUUUGUGCAGUUAAUAUUAUACGCAUAAGUUGUAUGCCAAUUUAUAGAACUCAGUGACUUCUCUAUCAUGUGUAUUAUCCAGUUUUACGUUCAACAUUUCUCACUUGUUCAUGUUUCUCAUUUGUUCAUAAGUGCACUCUGUCAUUUACAACUUUAUAUAAAUCUCUGAUGUUAUGGAAAACAUAAUAGAUUGACACAUAAUUUUUAAAAAUUAUAUUUGUAAAAUUUCUCUAUUGUGAAUAAAGUCUUUUAAUAUA